AUGUCCGUGACGACAAAGGCGAGCAUCGCCUCCUUUGGAGGCAAGCUGCUCAAGCUCACCCACCAGGCGACCACCACCAAUUGCGAGAUGGCCUUCAACCUGUACCUGCCGCCGCAGGCGAUCCAGAACCCGUCCCAGAAAGUGCCCGUCCUCAUCUACCUGUCCGGCCUGACCUGCACGGCAGAGAACUGCUCCGAGAAGGGCUUCUUCCAGCACGGUGCGAGCAAGAGGGGCAUUGCGGUGCUGUACCCGGAUACCAGCCCUCGCGGCCUGAACAUCGAAGGCGAGAAUGAUUCGUGGGACUUUGGCACCGGAGCCGGCUUCUACGUCGAUGCCACCAAGCCCCCGUACAACAAGGGAUACAACAUGUACAGCUACAUAACGGAGGAAUUGCCGCGGACGGUGUUUGCCGCGUUCAAGGAACUCGACCCAACCCGUGUCAGCAUCACGGGCCACAGCAUGGGUGGUCAUGGAGCUCUAACUCUGUUCUUGAAAAACCCCGGCAAAUACAAGUCCGUCUCGGCGUUCGCUCCUAUCUCCAACCCCAUCAACUGCCCUUGGGGCCAGAAGGCCUUCAAGGGAUACUUUGGCGAGGACAACCUAGAGAAGUGGAAGGAGCACGAUGCCACGGAGCUGAUCAAGAAGUGGAAGGGUCAGAAGGUGGACAUUCUCAUUGACGUGGGCACCGGCGACAACUUCUACAAACAAGGCCAACUCCUCCCCGAGAACUUUGAAAAGGCCGCCAAGGAGGCCGGCGUCGAGGGCGUCAGGGUCCGCUACCAGCCCGAGUACGACCACAGCUACUACUUCAUGGCCACCUUCUCCGACGAGCACAUUGAGCACGCAGCCAAGUAUCUCUUUGCAUAG